GCUAAGAAAACAAAAAUCGGCUUAUAUCACUAUAGAAGAAUAAUGGGUUUGAAAAUGUCAAGCAAUGCACUUCUUCUAUCUUUGUUUCUUCUACUUCUUUGUCUCUUUUCUGAAAUUGGAGGGAGUGAGACAACUCACUGGAAAAUAGUAGAAGAACCAGUAAGAGGGCAAAUUGCAACCCCUCCAUCUCUAACAUGCGGAGGCCAAAGACUUGGAGGACCACAACCACGUUUAAGUCCAUGCCCGCGUCCACGGCCAAGGCCACGGCCACGUACAGGCUCUUAAAGAAGAUUUACUACCGACCCUUGAAGAAGAAGGAAAUAAGAAUAUAAAUAUUCUAUCUUUGUGCUGUAACUUUGAUUUACAUUUUGUUAGAGACAGUACAAACAAAAGUUUUAAUCCAAAAAAUAGUCUUAUAUUAUAUGUUUAUAACGAGACAUUCCCAACCCUGCAAGCAAGAAUAUCUUAGUAGGGACUUUACAAAAUCAGCAAUUCUUUUAACUUGGAUUCGUUACGUUUUUUGUCCUUUUUUUCUUAUAAUAAAAAACGUAGACUGUUUUCUCCUCCGGUUAAAAAAAGAGGAACUAAUUUUGUAAAUAUUUCCUUAGACAAUAUACUUUCUGUAACUUCUCAUGACAUAUUCGUA